AUGAGGCUGACAUGUAUGUUCUCCUUCAUCUUGCUGUUUGGAGCAGUUGGGCUCGUGGUCUUCAUUCACCUGCAGGAUCCAGAAGAAAUAGUUCAUCAGCAGACACCAGGGAUAAAAUAUAACAUGGGAUUCCAGCAACCAAAAAAAGACUGUGUUUCCAGCAAUAACCAGGAUAGAAGAUUAAGAAAAAAUACUGCAGACAGAGCAGCAACAGUUAAGCAGAGCAAUUCAUUAGAGCCAUCUGAAAGUGUGCCCACCAAGCUUCAAAGCACCGACAGAAGGCAAAGCAGCAUCAUGUUUGCUAUGAAAGAUCAACAGAAAGGUGAAGAAAUUAAUUCCAUCAAGCUCCAUAAACGCAGGAGGAGGUUUAUAAUUAAAAAGAGCCCAAUUCUGAUUUCCAUGAACAGCUCCAUUCUCAACCUGCCCACACUUAAAUAUGAGGAUAGAAACAACAGCAAGUGGAAAAGUCUCUAUCAGAUCCAAGGAGAAAGGAAGCGGAUUAUGAGGGAAACUUGUUCAAAAUACAAGAGUAAUAACAGAAGAAUAAUCACUCCUUAUCAUGUGUCUAGAAUAUUUGUAGAGGAUAAAUACAGAGUUUUGUACUGUGAAGUGCCCAAAGCCGGCUGCUCUAACUGGAAGCGGGUGCUCAUGGUGCUGAACGGGCUGGCCUCCUCCACAAAGGACAUCCAGCACAACACCGUGCACUACGGAAACUACCUGAAACGCCUGGAUGGCUUUGACCACAAGGGCAUUUACCACAGGCUCAGCACUUACACAAAAAUGCUGUUUAUUCGUGAGCCCUUUGAAAAGCUGGUGUCUGCCUUUCGGGACAAGUUUGAACAUCCAAACAACUACUACCACCCGGUCUUUGGGAAAGCCAUCAUUUCCAGAUACCGUGUCAAUGCCACCAAAGAAGCACUAAGGACAGGCUCUGGAGUCAAGUUUAAAGAGUUCAUUCAAUAUCUGCUGGAUGUACACAGGCCAGUGGGUAUGGAUAUACACUGGGAUCACGUCAACAGGCUUUGCAGCCCGUGUUUAAUAGACUACGACUUCGUUGGGAAAUUUGAAAGUAUGGAAGAAGAUGCAAACUUUUUCUUGCACUUAAUUGGUGCUCCACAAAAUUUAACUUUCCCCAAGUUUAAAGAUCGUCACUCUAAUGAAGAAAGAACUACCACUAAAAUUACACAGCAGUAUUUUGCACAGCUUUCUCCUUCUCAACGACAACAAAGCUAUGACUUUUACUAUAUGGAUUACUUGAUGUUCAACUACUCAAAACCUUUUGAAGAUUUAUAUUAA